GGAGUCGGGCUGGGCGCCGGGCGGGCCGCGGGGCCGCUCGGCGCGCUCCGGGAGCGGCUCCGGGCUAACGGGGCUCGGUCCGCACCGUCCAGCGGCGCAGGCGGCUGCCGCGGUGCUGCCGGGCCCCUCCGCGCCGGGGCGAUGCUCUGAGAGACCGAGCCCUGUAAAUAAACACCGUGUGACGGGGGGAUUGUUAUGAGCAGCUCCUGAGAGAAUUUUUGUUAAUUAGUGUUCGUGUCUAAUGGCUUUUAGUUAACCUUCUCGUAGUUUAAAUGCCUUUUUGCUGAGAAGGCUUAAUCAGGACAAACUAGCAAGUCUUGCUCCCUCAGGACGGUGAGGCUUGUGCCUAUGGCAUGGAAAGAAUUUAUUCGGAAGAGAGGGUCCAUCCUGAACCCAGAAAGUGCAAGGCUUAAGAAACAAGUUUUCUGACACUGUUACUUGAACUGGCUUCAGAUUGCAGAACUUCACCUGGUUUAGUCCUGCACGGCAACACCUUGUGAGUUACUGUCUAGUUACAGCGAUUAACUGCAACUUUUGCCUGAAAGGCUCCUUCCUUGGGCUGGUUGAGAGGUUCUCAGGUGCUGCAGUUCUACCGUGCAGUAUUUCUUCCUAAUUCCCCCUUGCAAUGUACUGCCUCUCUUUUCUGGGCAUGCUCUUUGAGGUCUACAGCAUUGUGUGGCUUUGUCCGGUUCUUGGAAGUCUUUUUACUUGUCUCAUCUGUAGCACGUCCUGUUAGUGUCUUAUCCCUGGAUAGUUACUUUCUUGAAACUUCAGCACUUAGAUGGCUCACUUGUGGUACUUGUGAGCACUUGGACACCCAUCCAACUGAAGCCUGCUUGGAAACUGGAGCUACCCAGCAUCCCAACCACAGAGAGCUUGUUCCUUUGGAGGAUGGUUUAUUCCAUGGUGCAGCAAAUGUUUGUCAGAUUUGAAAGGAGUCUCAGUGCUGACAACUGGAGUACGCAGAGCGAGGAUUCAAAGCAAGCAAGCAUUAAAACUUUGGGAUAACUUGUGACAUCUGAAGUGCCAGAUUUCUUCCUAGCGGACAAGCCAUUCAUAAAGUCACCCUGCUUUAAAGAUGAUUCCUGAAGGAGUUGGAUGAAUUCUGCAGUGGGAAAAGGAAUUUUGGAAUCUGAGGAGAAGGCCAACGAGGACAAGCUACCAAGGAUGACAAGCUAGCCCUACAAGAUGCUGUCAAGAUAGACUCCAGUGCACUCAAUUAGGAAGAAAAUUAUGUCAACUGAGAUUCUUCUCUGCCUGGACACAGUUAUUUUGAAACUGCAAAAGAGGAGUGUUGCAGGGAUCUUUGUUUGCAGGCGAAAGGCAAUAAUCAUGGUGAUGAGGUACAAGAAAAGGAAGGAAAGAAGAAAGAAUAACAACAGGUGACUGAAAUUGUAGUUGCAAGGAUGGACAGAAGGUGAGAUGCUGAAGAUGAAGGAUCCAAGACAUUUGAAACACCAGAGGUCUCGGGUACCUGGAGACAGAGAUACACAGCUUUUAAUACACCUUGGAAAACAGACUAAGGAGUGACACCUGCUAUGUGAUGCCUCUUUCAGCACUGGUGUCCUCUGCUAGUGAAUUUACACACUUUAUUCUGAAUAGUUUUUCUUGAACAUCAUUCCUUAUGGCUUCAUCUUGUGGGUGUAAGUUGUUCAUGCAGUCAGAAUUUCUCUGCACAUGUAUGAUGCACUUGUUCCCUGGUCCAUUGGUUUUGCAGUAGGAAGCUUGUCAUCAUUACUGAUGGAUACCUGAAGCCAUUUGAUGAUGGAGAAAAACAAAAGAAUGUUCUGCUCCUUGCAUACCUCAAGUUGUUUUGAAUCAGUUGAGCAAUUGACCAGGGGUACUGCUGGAAUUUGUUGUGGUCAGAAUGAUUGGACUGGUGUGGCUUGGCAGCUGAAGGGAUUUGCUUCCUCAGUUAAGUAAACUGUUCCUGACAGCAUGCUUCCAGGGACUCCAUGUGUCAUCUGGACCUCUCGUGGAGCAAAAGACAUGGGAAAAGCUGCUUCAGUCACUACAGAGUUCUCAGGAAGCUGCUGUUAACAAAGAUAUUUCUACUUGAUUUUUAAUUACCUGGCUCUUGAAAUUAGUGACAAACCAGUUGCCACUUGCUACUAAGAAUGGCACUCCUUACUCUUAGCAUUGCUUCACACAAGAUGUUGAACUUUCUUAAUUUCUGGUCACUUUGUGUCAUCUGUUCUUCUGAUGGCUGUGGAGGAUGAAACUAAGAACCUCCUACAGCUAAAGUCUUCACUGCAUGACUUUUUUCACCUGCUCAGUGGAGCAGUGUAAUACUGCUGCCCUUUUGAGACAUCAGCAGAAACGUUAGCAAAAAUCCACGUCCUGCAUCCUUGGUGAAUUGUUGCUGAAGAGUGCACCCUAGACAUUUGUAUUUUAUUUAAUUUCCUGUAUUUUUAAUUGAUCAAGGUAACAAAACAUGGUCAGGUUACCAAAUAUCAGCAGAGAUGUACAAGAAUAGAAGAAAAAGCUUUUUAAGGAGUGCUGACUCUGUAAGAACACUCAUCCAUGCAAGGUGUACAUAAAGUACUUUGUCCUGGAGUGUUUAGUGGUUCAGGUGCAAGUCCAUCCUAAGCUUUCCUCUACUGAAGAUGCAUUGCAGUAUGUGGAGGAGUUAAUUCUUCAGUUGUUAAAUAUGUUGUGUCAAGCUCAACCAAGAAGUUUUCUGGAUGUAGAGGAUCGUGUUCAAAAAAGUUUCCCCCAUCCUAUUGAUAAGUGGGCAAUAGCUGAUGCCCAGUCUGCUAUUGAGAAGAGGAAACGAAGGAAUCCAUUAUCUCUUCCAGUAGAAAAAAUCCAUCCCUUGUUAAAGGAAGUUCUAGGCUACAAAAUUGACCACCAAGUGUCUGUUUACAUAGUAGCAGUAUUAGAAUAUAUUUCUGCAGACAUCUUAAAACUGGUUGGGAAUUAUGUGCGGAAUAUAAGACAUUAUGAGAUUACAAAACAAGAUAUUAAAGUAGCAAUGUGUGCUGAUAAGGUAUUAAUGGAUAUGUUCCAUCAAGAUGUAGAAGAUUUAAGUGCACUAACUUUAUCUGAUGAAGAACCCUCCACCUCAGGGGAGCAAACCUAUUAUGAUCUAGUGAAGUCAUUUAUGGCAGAAGUACGGCAAUAUAUAAGGGAACUGAAUCUCAUUAUCAGAGUUUUUAGAGAGCCAUAUGCCUCCAACUCUAAACUGUUUUCAUCUCAUGAUGUAGAAAAUAUAUUUAGUCGUAUAUCAGACAUCCAUGAACUUAGUGUGAAGUUACUGGGUCAUAUAGAGGACACUGUUGAAAUGACAGAUGAAGGUAGUCCUCACCCACUAGUAGGCAGCUGUUUUGAAGAUAUGGCAGAGGAACUAGCAUUUGAUCCAUAUGAAUCAUAUGCACAAGAUAUUUUACGACCCGGGUUUCAUGAUCAUUUUCUAAGUCAAUUAUCAAAGCCAGGAGCAGCAUUUUAUUUACAGUCAAUAGGUGAAGGCUUUAAAGAAGCUGUUCAGUACGUUCUACCCCGGCUCCUCCUCGCUCCUGUUUACCACUGUCUUCAUUAUUUUGAACUGCUAAAACAAUUGGAAGAAAAAAGUGAGGAUGAAGAAGAUAAGGAGUGCUUGAAGCAAGCAAUAACUGCCCUGCUAAAUCUUCAAAGCAGUAUGGAACGGAUAUGCUCCAAAAGCCUUGCAAAACGAAGGCUUAGUGAGUCCGCAUGCCGGUUCUAUACUCAGCAGAUGAAGGGGAAGCAGCUAGCAAUUAAGAAAAUGAAUGAAAUUCAGAAAAAUAUUGAUGGUUGGGAGGGUAAAGACAUUGGACAGUGCUGUAACGAGUUCAUCAUGGAAGGAACACUCACACGUGUAGGAGCAAAGCACGAGAGACACAUAUUCCUGUUUGAUGGCUUGAUGAUUUGCUGUAAGUCAAAUCAUGGCCAGCCAAGACUUCCUGGUGCUAGCAAUGCAGAAUAUCGACUCAAGGAGAAGUUCUUCAUGCGAAAGGUACAAAUCAAUGAUAAAGAUGACACUAAUGAGUAUAGACAUGCUUUUGAAAUAAUCUUAAAAGAUGAGAACAGUGUUAUUUUUGCUGCUAAAUCAGCUGAAGAGAAAAACAACUGGAUGGCAGCAUUGAUAUCUUUGCAAUAUAGAAGCACACUGGAAAGGAUGUUGGAUGUAACAAUGUUACAGGAAGAAAAAGAGGAGCAGAUGAGAUUUCCAAAUCCUGAGCUUUAUAGAUUUGCAGAACCCGACUCUGAAGAGAAUAUUGUGUUUGAAGAGAACAUGCAGCCCAAAUCUGGAAUCCCCAUCAUCAAGGCAGGAACUGUUGUGAAGCUCAUCGAGAGACUGACAUACCACAUGUAUGCAGAUCCCAACUUUGUUCGGACUUUUCUCACAACAUAUAGAUCCUUCUGUAGACCUCAAGAGUUGCUGAGUUUGCUAAUAGAAAGGUUUGAAAUUCCAGAGCCGGAGCCCACGGAAGCCGACCGGAUGGCCAUGGAGAACGGGGACCAGCCCCUGAGCGCCGAGCUGAAGCGCUUUAGGAAGGAGUACAUCCAGCCUGUGCAGCUGCGAGUACUGAAUGUGUGCCGACACUGGGUAGAGCACCAUUUCUAUGACUUUGAGAGGGACGCUGACCUUCUGAAACGUUUGGAAGAGUUCAUUGGAACAGUAAGAGGCAAAGCCAUGAAGAAGUGGGUUGAAUCCAUCACAAAGAUAAUCAACAGGAAAAAGCAGGCACAAGCCAUUGGGCCAAGCCACAACAUCACUUUUGAGAGCCCCCCUCCAGCAAUUGAGUGGCACAUCAGCAAACCAGGCCACACAGAGACUUUUGACUUGCUCACUCUGCAUCCCAUAGAAAUUGCUCGGCAGCUCACUUUACUGGAGUCAGAUUUUUACAGAGCUGUGCAGCCAUCAGAACUAGUUGGAAGUGUGUGGACAAAGGAAGAUAAAGAAAUUAAUUCUCCCAACCUUCUCAAAAUGAUAAGGCAUACAACUAACCUAACUCUGUGGUUUGAAAAAUGCAUUGUAGAAACAGAAAACCUAGAGGAAAGAGUAAUUGUAGUGAGCCGGAUAAUUGAGAUCCUGCAAGUUUUUCAAGAGCUAAACAACUUUAAUGGUGUCCUUGAGAUUGUCAGUGCUAUGAACUCCGCAGCAGUUUAUAGGUUGGAUCACACAUUUGAGCAAAUUCCAAGUCGCCAGAAGAAAAUCUUAGAAGAAGCUUAUGAGCUGAGUGAAGACCAUUAUAAGAAAUACUUGGCAAAACUCAGGUCCAUUAAUCCUCCUUGUGUGCCUUUUUUUGGGAUUUACUUAACAAACAUUUUGAAAACAGAAGAAGGCAAUCCUGAAUUUCUCAAGCGCCAUGGGAAAGACCUUAUAAACUUCAGCAAGAGAAGGAAGGUAGCUGAGAUAACAGGGGAGAUCCAGCAGUACCAGAACCAGCCAUAUUGUUUAAGAGUGGAAUUUGACAUCAGGAGAUUUUUUGAAAACCUGAAUCCAAUGGGAAACAGCGUGGAGACAGAAUUUACAGAUUAUCUGUUCAACAAGUCACUGGAGAUAGAGCCACGAAAUGUCAAGCCUCCUCCAAGAUUUCCCAAGAAGUACAGCUACCCUCUCAAGUCCCCGGGUGUUCGUCCCUCUAAUCCAAGGCCAGGUACCAUGAGACAUCCCACGCCCCUGCAGCAGGAGCCACGGAAAAUCAGCUACAGCCGCAUCCCGGAGAGCGAGACGGAAGCCACGGCGUCUGCCCCGAACUCGCCCCGCACCCCACUGACCCCCCCUCCUGCCUCGGCCACUUCCAGCACCACCGACGCCUGCAGCGUCUUCGACUCCGACCCCUCCAGCCCUUUUCACACGAGAUCUGCUUCUGUGUCAUCCAUAAACUUUACCAAAACUUCAGAUGAUGCUCCUGUCCCUCCUCCUGUUCCUCCACGGAGAAGACCAGAAUCUGCCCCAGCUGAAUCCUCCCCAUCAAAACCACUGUGGAAUUUUACUGACUCAAGUGUUUGUGUACCUCAGAUUACUUCUGCACACCUGGACAACCCACCAGCAAUCCCUCCCAGGCAACCAACCUCUAAAGUGUAUUCUCCAAGGUACUCGGUGCCCGAUCGGACCUGCAUCUCUGACUCCUGUGUUACCACUGCAAACCCCCCCGAGUUACCGCCACGGGAGCCUGUGCGAACUCCAGAUGUUUUCUCUAGCUCACCACUACACCUCCAGCCCCCACCCCUGGGGAGAAAAAGCGAACUCGGUAACACCUUUUUCCCCAACAGCCCCUCUCCGUUCACACCCCCUCCCCCCCAGACACCUUCUCCACAUGUAGCACGGAGGCAUCUGCCGUCGCCGCCUUUGGUACCGCAGGAUGCGGACCUCCCUUCUGUUGCUGGACCGCCCGUUCCUCCACGACAAAGCACUUCCCAACAUAUCCCAAAGCUUCCUCCAAAAACUUACAAAAGGGAGCACACGCACCCGUCGAUGCAUCGGGAUGGGCCACCCUUGCUGGAGAAUGCCCCCUCCUCCUGAACCUGUCCCUCGCGCUGGGAGUCACAUUUUCCUGGUGCUAUGUCUGUUGCUGGCAAUGGAUGCACUGAACCUGGUGGUGUCAAGGAGUUGGGAUGUGUAUGCCAAACACUAAGAACUCUCCAAUGCGUUGGAAAUGUAGUGUACAGAAAUGGAAUUGCAAAACCAGACUUUCUAGUGGAAAACCCGGUUAACUUGCUGUUCUCAUUUUAGUAUGCGGGACUUUGUUCUAAAGUAAUUGGACAGCUGAUUGUACCAGAAAACAGUCUGGAGAGACUUCUUUGGCCAAUGAGCAGAGACUGUGUUUGUGUAAUGAUCAAUAAUGUCCAGUACAGGAAGGAAAAACAGUCUUGUAUCCAUCAGUUCCAUACAGUGGCACAGUUUUCAGAAUGAAAACAUUAUGCACUUUUUUUAAAUCUCAAACAGGGAACUUUAUAUCCUUCUUAAUUUUCCUUUGCUUUACUUACUCCCUGCUUUAAAAUACCUUCCUAAAAUUAUGAGAAGGACUGUGAGGAAGAUCUGUGGUACCUAACCGAGCUAGAAUUAAGGCAAAGCACUGUAUUGCGGUCCUGUUUACAAGUUGUUACAAUGAGUAGUAGGGGGUACCUAGGCUUCACCAAAGAGGUACUUUAUUAUUAUUUUCUGAAAUACUGUGGUGCCAGUUCAAAAAUAAAUUUUUGCCAGGAAGCAUAAUGUCUAAUUAUUGCUUUCUUUAGAUAGAGCUGAUGAAAGUCUUACAUCAUUAAAGUGACAGCGAAUUUUUUUUUUAAAAGCAGCACUAUCAUCUGAAGCAAAUAUACUACAUUUAGAAGACUGUUAAUCUCUGCUAGGUUAUGUCAUGUUCUUUUUAAGGUUUACUGAUAAUCCAUUUCAUGGCUAGUAGCUAUUCUUUUUCAGUCAUGCCAUGAAAACAGUCACUUGUCAACUUCCAUAGCUAUUGUCAUGUUUUACUAACAAUAGAUUAAUCAGCAUACAUAGGAUUGCCUUGCGGUUGCAUAAAUCGUGUGUAUAUAGUGAAUGUUGCAUAAAUAUACUUGCAGAUUGUUUUUAAUUUAAUUGAAAUAAAGAUAAAGAUAUGUUUGGCUGA